UACUCACACUCCCAUUUGGAUUUGCACUCAGAAAACCAAACAAGAAAGGAGAAGAAGAAGAAGCAGAGGAGGCAUGGCUAUCUCCAGCUUACAAGCUCGGUACCUUGACUGUUGCAAAAAGCAUAAGGUGCAACCCAAUUCAGCAGUUCUAGCAUGGUUUACUCAGGUCAAAAUUCAGAGCUCCGGCAAUGAGAAGUGUAGAAUAACAAUUUCGCUGGAUCAGCUAAAGGAUGCCGAUAUUUUGCCUCUUACCAACGUACUUAUGUCAAGUGACUCUGCGGAUAUUGAUGCUGUUGAUAUAUUUCUGGAAUUCGAUAGUGGCCUGGCUAAAGAAAAUGUUAUGGCUUUGAUACAUGCUGUCAAUCAAAAGCUUCAAGUUGUUGAUCUCCAGGAUUUGUCGUUAGGGAACGAAUUUCUAGGGGAUCUCUUCCAGGGUUGCUUGGAUUGCCAGGUCUUCAACUUGAGGUCUACUCAUAUUCAGAAACUCAACAUUGUUGGAAGCUUUUUGCGGCUACACACCCUCAAUCUGGACUUUUGUACUUCACUUGCUAGUUUGCACAAGGACUGUUUUUCUUGCAUGCCAAAUUUGAUGCGUCUCUCAAUGUGUGAGACAAGAAUUGCAAAUCUCCUGACAACCACUGGCGUUCUAUCAAAACUUCCUGCUUUGAUGGAAUUACGGUUCCAAAGUUGUUUGUGUUGCAAUGACACUGGGCCAUGUCCUGAUUUACAAAGACAGCACAACUUACAGAGGGAGGUUCAAGAAAAAGACGGGUUUCUUGUGAGUGACCUUAAGAAUGCCACUAUUACAUUAAAGUAUAUAACUCAUCAUCGUUCACCCCUAUGCUUUGAGAAACAUUACUGGGAUUACAUGAUUUCAUCACUCCCUGGUUUGGAAGUUUUGGAUAAUUUUCCUAUUAGAAAGAUGGAAAAGGAAUUGGCCAUGAUGACCUCUGCAAAAUACUAUGAAUAUUUGCCUUAUAAUAGACAGCUCAAAGAAAGUGUUGUUAGUGUUUUGCAUAAGCGUGAAAUGGGAACAAAUGGUAUACACUGCCAAAAACCAUUUAAGCCAAAACAGCUGCAGCCUUAUCGGAAUGGCCAGAAUUUUUUCUUAAGGUCCCUUUGCGCUGCCAAACUUGGGUCUUCAAUGUGGCCACUCUUACAUCCACUGUCUGACUUUAGCCACACAUUUAAAGCAGAGAGUAAGAAGCUUCGUCCAAGGCAAUUUGAGUACCAUCCAUCAAACCCUAGUCUUAUGGUAUUUGGAACCCUGGAUGGUGAAGUAGUUGUUCUCAACCAUGAAAAUGGGAAGAUUGUUGGUUAUGUCCCCUCCGUAGGAGCAAUGAGCAGUGUCAUGGGGCUUUGUUGGCUCAAUAAAAAUCCAUCCAAGCUUGUUGCUGGUUCAGAUAAUGGUUCCUUGAAGUUGCUUGACAUCAAUUAUAUGUCACCAGAAGUUUCAGACUCCUGUUGCAGCUCUAGUGUUGCAACUUUUGAUGAUUUCGAGCAAUUGACUUCUCUUCAUGUAAAUUCAACUGAUGACCAGCUUCUUGCUAGUGGGUACUCAAAAGGUGUUGCUCUAUAUGACAUAGCGAGUGGAAGACGUUUACAGUUGUUCACUAAUAUUCACCGAGAACCAAUCAAUGUUGCCAAAUUUGCCCACCAUUCCCCUUAUAUGUUUGCUACUUCAUCAUUUGACCAUGAUGUGAAGAUGUGGGAUUUGAGACAGAACCCAAUGCGGCCUUGCUAUACAGCUUCAAGCUCAAGAGGAAACGUGAUGGUUUGCUUUUCUCCUGACGACCUUUAUUUGCUUGUUUCAGCUGUUGACAAUGAGGUUAAGCAACUUUUGGCAGCAGAUGGGAGGCUCCACAUGAAUUUUGAUAUAGCUUCUACAGGAAGUUCUCAUAAUUAUACCCGUUCAUAUUACAUGAAUGGAAGGGACUAUAUUGUCAGUGGUAGUUGUGAUGAGGAUGUAGUUCGCAUCUGCUGUGCUCAAACUGGAAGGAGACUUAGGGAUGUUUAUUUGGAGGAUAAGGAGUCAGGAAAUUCAUUAUUUGUGCAGUCCUUAAGGGGUGAUCCGUUCAGGCAUUUUCACAUGAGUAUAUUAGCAACCUCUACGCGUCCAAGCUCCAAGUGUGAGAUUAUAAAGGUCAAUUUACUUGGAUCAAGUUACUAUGCAGAAGAAUAUUCUUAUGGCCAAUGUUUACACCCUUCCUGCUGUCAGGGAGGCUGAUAUUUAUGUUUGUGGUAUGUUGUGCUUGUCUGUGUUUGUAUCUGUGUACAUGCGAGUGAGUUAUUAAAAAGAAAUAUGGCAGCAGUUUGAGCAGACAACAAAACUUAGUAUACUGUACAUUGUUAGUUCUACUCAAACUCAACGUAAUUCACUACUAUUUCGGCAUCUAUUUGUCUAUAGAAAUGGGAUGACUGCCUGCAAAGACAACAUAUUUCAUUGCAAGAAUAACGAGAGAGCAUGUAACAGAGCCUUUUGAUGUGUUACUGCAAUCAUGCACGCGCGAAAAUAUAUUGAUAUGAAUACGAACUAGACAAAUGGGGCACGAGAUACAAAAUAAUACCAAAUUAUUCCUUUGUUAUCUUCUUUCCCAAGCUCAGUACAGCAGCUUGACUCACAGGUAUUGUAGAAAGAUUGGCUAAAACAGCAACUGCCUUGUCAACCAGUCCAGCUGCUGGAUCCAUCAACUCCACUAGGUACUUUAUGGCACCGGCUUGAACUAUUGGACGUCGGUUCUCAUGAAAAAUUGACAAACUAAACAAAGCUGUGGUUGCAUCUUUCCUCCCUCUGGGAGUCCCAUUCCCCAAUAAAUCAACUAGAGGCCCAAUAGCCCCUGACCUUCCAAUGCGAACCUUGUUGUCCUCAAUCACCGAAAGGCUAAAGAGAGUGGCAGCUGAGUUUUCCUUGGCUUCAGCACCGCCUGUCUCAAGGACAUGAAUCAGAGGUUCAAUUGCAUUGGCAGCAGUAAUUUCAAUUUUGUUCUCAACAUUGAUGGAUAAGUUCAGAAGUGUUGUGACAGCAUUUUCUUGAACCCUUUUGUCUGUAGACCGGAGCAAGUCCACCAACAAGCUAAUGGCUCCACAGUUUGCAAUAACAAUCCGAUUUUCCAUACUCUGCUUUGCAAGCAGCCGGAGUUCAAAUGUUGCAUCUCUUUGAGCAUCAAAAGAAGUGCUUUUCAAGUCCUCAACCAGAUUACCUACUUGGGCUUCAAUUAAUCCAGAAUUGUCUACUCUUGUUUCACUGGCAGGAGAAGAUGUCUUUGGGACUAAGCUACCAGAUGCUCGGCGCCGCCUCAUUUGGCCUCAAGGGUCUUCUUGCCUCUGCUGCCAAUCUGGUUGGCAGCUCAGUUUUUAUUUGUGAAUGAUGAAUCUUGGUCUUUCAACCAAAAUAAAGAAGCAGAAGAAGAAAAAGGCGUGAAGUUCAAAUGAAAGCUCCAUUUUGAAUCUUUGGUUGACGCUUCAGAAGACAAAAGAGACACGUUACGUGGUUACAUGCUAAAAAAGGCGGCCUUCCUUACUUUCUACGCGUGUCCUUUUGGUGUCCUUAUAUAUUGUAAAUUUUUUUCUUGCUUAUAAUUUGGGUUAGAAUAUUCGAAUAAGAAAUGAGAUUCAUUUUUUCA